AUGACAGACUGCAGUAGUUUUCGCAGUUCAACCAACUCAACGACAUUCAACGAAAUAAUGCUACCAAAAAGUGUCAAAAGUGUCUCGUCGGCAGGAGCUAAAAAUACGAGAAUCAGAAUUGUGCGAUUAAAUCGGAAUCGAACGAGUGUUACCCGAAAUUUUGGAUUUUCGUUGCGUGGCGGAAAAGAAUUUGGUACGGGAUUUUUCGUUUCGCACGUUGAGAAAGGAAGUGAAGCUGAUUUACGGGGACUCCGAGCCGGUGAUGAAAUUUAUCAAGUCAAUGGUUAUAAAGUCAGUGAUGCAGUGCACCGCGAACUGAGUAAAUAUAUUGCCAGUCAGGAUAGAAUUACGCUGCGUGUCCGAGGCGUUGGGAUUAUUCCAAUCAAAGAAUACGUCGCGGAUCCGUUGAGUUGGCAAGUCAUUGGAAGUAAACAACCGAAAGCGACGGAAAAUUUGGAACGAAUUAUGCUCACUUUGGCGCCCAAAAUGAAACUUGGAUGCGGAAUUUGUAAAGGCCCUGAAUGGAAACCCGGAAUUUUCAUUCAAUUCACCAAAGAAAAUGGCGUUGCGCGAAAUGCUGGAUUGCGUCCCGGAGAUCAAAUUUUAUCGUGCAACGGCAUCGACUUUACCAACAUUGCCUUUAACGAAGCUGUGUCGAUCAUGAAGGAGAGCCAUACCUUAGACUUGUUGAUUCGCGUGUCGGAAGGCGUUGAUUUGUUCCCAAAUGAGUCGAGUGGAUACAAUUCGUCAGCAAGCAGUGCCACGGGAGAUCAAAGUCCAUGUUGGGGUAAUGAAAAUUCGAAGCGAUUAUCAAUCGUGCGGGAGGAAAGCAAUUCGAGUUCAGGCGAUAAACGAAAUUUGAACAUUCGAACGAAAGUUAGACAAGCAGGAGGCGAAGUAAAAAGAUCAUUGAAACAAGUUCAAGCUCCAAAAGUGCCCCCGAGAAGCAAAACGACGCAAAUUUCGUCAAAUGGAACGUCAACUACGACGACAAAAGGGGUGAAUAAUACGACAAUUAUCAAAUUAUCGGAGAACGGAACGUUAAUUAACAACAUUUUGAUAUCGAAUUACGCUGGCGGGGAUGCAAAAACGAAAGAAGCCAUGCUUGCUCACAGCAUGGAAGCGAUAAAAAUCGGGGACAACACAAAAAUCAAUAACAAUAACGAACAAAAAACCAUCAAAGUCGAAGUUCAUCAAGCAGCGACGUUACAAAAGAAGGUCGUUUCAAGCAAUGGCAAAAGUAUUCCUGCUCCGCCGCCUCCCAUGAUGCCUUUAGAUCUUCAAAGCACAGCAUCUUCCAUCUCGGGCGUGACCUCCGAAAGCGAUUCAAACAACAACAAAGACCUAAAAUGUGCCUUAUUCGAAGAAAUUCGUCGUCGCGCCGAGAAAAAAGAACUCGAACCAUCCGAAAAUCCAAAAAUUUCUGAACCGCCAGCGCCAAAGAAGCAAUCAGGCACCGGAUUCACGUCGAACAUGAAGCAACACGACAUGCUGAUGGAAGAAUUCAAACUGGCGCACAAGCGAAUGUUCAAAAAUGGAUUUGUCGAGACGGAAAAAGACAAACAGCAGGAAGAGCAACAUGUUGAAACGCCUCCCGCGCCAACGCCAACUCCCGAUUACGAUGUUACGCCGCAAAAUUCGUUGAAAAAGGCACCGCAAAGUACGUUGCAUCGCGUCGUAGCGCACGAAUCGGCAAAAGUUAAUGGAGAAAGUGCCGAGAUGGAGUCGAUCAAGUCGUUUCAAUUCAAUGGCGCGAAUAUGGGAAGUUCGCCGCCCAAAUUUCCUCAACAGUUUUUCGUGCCAAGAGCAACGGGACCUGCAACGAUCAAGAAGGCAAAUCCUCAAGUCGCCGUGAAAAUCGAAGAUUAUCAAAAUAAGUCGACAACGAAUGAGAAAAAUUUGAAUCCAAGUCCCGCGAAGAGGACUUUAAAGCCUGAACAACUUCCUUCUGCUCUCUCGAACGGCGCUCAUAAAGACACAAACGGCACAAAACCCAAAAACAAAGUUACAAUCGUCGUGCCAAACAAGGAGAUGAUGACAAAUGGCCAUGCUUAG